AUGUUUUUCUUAGUGCUAAGUUUUAUAAGUUGUUUAGGAUUAAGUGCAGCGCAGAUAUUGCAAAAUGAACAAUGUGACCCGCAAAUACAAUUAGCGCCUAACUUCGAUGUGAAUCAGUUCCUGGGAAAUUGGUACGUUGUAAGAAGAGCUGCAAAUCCAAUAUUCAAAGCAGACUGCGCGUCUUUAAAUAUCACGCAAAACAACAACGCCUUAGACGUCCACAACAGAGUUGUCAACGAGAACUUUCUAGAAGAACUGAGAGGCAAUGCUAGUGUGCAAGAUGGAACUGCGAAAUUACUUUUACAGCUGAUUCCGAAUGUAACCUUCGAUUUUUGGAUCCUUAGGACAGAUUACCAAAACUUCGCACUUGCAUACUCAUGCGUGAAUCAAGGACCAAAUCAAAGGAAUGUAUUCAUAUGGCAACUUGGAAGACAAACCUCCUUCCCUACCGAUAUGAUGGAGGGUCUGAUGAACCAAACCCUAAUCACAGUUGUGGGUAUCACAACAGAGGAUUUGGUUGACGUUGAUCAUUCAGAAACCGCAUGUACCACUCUAUCCGACAUACCUCCAGGACAACCUAUCAUAUUUCCGGGACAAUGUAACACCAAUAUGGCUGUGGUCCAGAACUUCAACGUUUCACGGUUUACUGGAGUAUGGCACCAAGUUUCAAGUUACUACACGACAAACGCACUCGGGACUUGCAAUAGGGCGGAAUAUACACUCUCUGGUGACAUCGUGAACGUUGUAAACAGUCAGGUCGUCAACCAAAACUUGGAAACUAUACUUGGAACUGCAAAGCUGAACAGCACGGACAAUAGCGCGAGGCUUAUGGUCACAUUAGAAGUAACACCUGGAGUAUUCGUGGAUAAUCCACUAUGGAUACUAGCGACCGACUACGAGAGCUACGCAGUUUCUUACACUUGCACUAACCUUGCGAACAAUCAAAGAAGAGUAAACUCGUGGGUGCUGAGUCGCUCCAAGGAGCUGACACCGGCUGCUGAACUCGCUGUGAACCGAGUAAUAAGAUCGGAACUAGACCUGAACAAUCGUUACCUCAUCAAAGCUGAUCACAGCAACUCUGGCUGCUUCUUCUACCCUGAACCAGCAGCGAACAGGCCAGUGAUAUUCCGCGGUCAGUGCGAUGACAGCGUCCGUGCUAUGCCUGCGUUUGAUCCCGUUAGGUACAUGGGUCUCUGGCACAACAUUGAAUCUUACCCAUCAGCAUUCCAACCCGGUACUUGCAACAACGCGCUAUACACGUUGAACGGCAGCACCGUUGACGUCUUCAACACUCAAGUGAUCAACCAAAGGCUGGACACAAUCAAUGGUGUCGCAACACUCGCCUCGACUGACGGAUCCGCUAAGCUGAUUGUCAGCUUCCCUAUUGCUGGCACUGAAUUGACUACUUCGACCGACUACUGGGUGCUAGAUACAGACUACACAUCCUACGCUUUAGUAUAUAGUUGCACUAACAUAAAUAAUGAUGAAAAACGAGUUACGAGUUGGAAAUUAAGCAGAACAAAGCAAAUGUCUAGCAAUGGUAACACAACAAUAAAUAAUAUUAUAUCAACAAUACCUGUAUUGGACCAACGGUAUUAUAAUCAAAAUGACCAGAGUAGCUCUGGCUGCUUCUACUUCCCUGAACCUCAGCCUGGUAUGCCUGUUGUGUUCCCUGGACAAUGCGAGGAUAAUGUUCAAGUUACGAGUAGCUUCAAUUUGCAACAGUUCCAAGGAACGUGGUACGAAAUUCAAGCCUAUCCCAAGGAACAGCAGCCGGGACACUGCAUUUCUCAUGCUUUCACCACAUCCAGUAAUAAUGGCUUCAGCCUCAUUACGUCUAGUGUCAACGAUCAAUUCUUACAAGUCACCAACAGCAACGUGCGCCUCGCUGGUACUGAUGGUAGCGCCAAAAUGACAAUUACCAUCAGAGUAAAUAAUCAAGAUGUAAUCAUUCCAUACUGGAUCUUGGACACCGAUUAUACAAAUUACGCUUUAGCUUAUAGCUGCGUUAAUGUUAAUCAAGAUUUUAGAGCAGUUUACAGCUGGAAACUCAGUAGAACCAAGCAAUUAUCACCAGCAUCAAACGCUGCAAUAAACACUGCUAUUUCGAGAGUAACCGUUCUGGAUGAAAUAUAUUACGAAGCUGUUGACCAAUCAGACACUGCCUGCUUCUAUUUACCAGUAUUACCUCCGGGUGAACCUGUGAUAUUAAAUGGCCAAUGUGAUCAAAAUAUUCAAGUCGUGCAAAACUUUAAUGCAGCUGCCUAUCUCGGACGUUGGCGCCUCAUCGAAAGCUACGCGAGCGACUUCCAAAGUGGAACAUGCAAUGACGCGACAUAUACCUUAUCAACGGACGGAUCUGUGCUGGUUUACAAUACGCAAGUUAUAAAUCAGGCCUUGUAUACCAUCAACGGUACAGCAGUUCUGGCUGCCAACGCCAACACCGGAAAGCUCAUCGUCACAUUCCCUGAUGCUGCUGGACCGAGCGAGUAUUGGAUCCUUGAUACUGACUAUACAUCGUACUCUCUGGUAUACAGCUGCCAAAAUAUCAACAAUCAACAAAGAAGAGUAUGGAGCUGGAAGUUAAGCCGUACGAGAGAAUUAACUCCAACAGCAAUUCAGAAUAUGAAUCGCGUUAUAAACACCAUCGAAGUCCUGAACAACCGAUACUAUACAGCAAUAAGUCAUACCGAUAACGACUGUUUCUAUUAUCCCAUCGCUGGCCCCAACACACCAGUCAUUUUCCGUGGUCAAUGUGACCCCAAUAUCAAUGCUGUUACGAACUUCGACGCCGUAAGAUAUAUGAAUUUAUGGCAUGACAUUGCAUCUUAUCCAACGAGAUUCCAAGAAGGCACUUGCAACAAUGCCUUUUAUACGUUGACUGACGGUACCGUUGAUGUGUUCAAUACUCAAGUUAUAAAUGAAAGACUUGACACUAUGAGAGGAUCUGCCAGACUUGCGACAACGGAUGGAAGUGCUAAGCUCAUAGUUAGCUUCCCUAUUGCUGGCAGUAACCUACAAACAGAAACUCCGUAUUGGGUGCUUACAACGGAUUACAUAUCGUAUGCUCUUGUAUACAGCUGCGUUAACUUAAACGAGGAAUACCGUCAAGUUUGGUCUUGGAAGCUAAGUCGAUCAAAAACCUUGUCACCGAGUGCAGAAACAGCUAUCAACAAUGUCAUAAACACCGUCCCAGUGCUCGACAACCGAUAUUAUAACAUGAAAGAUCAAAGCAGACAAGGUUGUUUCUACUACCCAGAACCUCAGCCAGGAGUACCAGUUGUAUUCCCGGGCCAGUGCGAUGCGAACAUACAAGCUAUUCCCAACUUUAACAUGACAGCUUUCCAAGGUACCUGGUUCGAAGUCGAAGCGUAUCCAAAGGAUCAGCAAACUGGCCAAUGCGUCAACCACCGGUACUCCUUGGGCUCAAACAACAUCUUGGAUCUGGUCUCGUCUAGCAUCAAUAACCAAAUUCUUGGCAUUACCAACAGUAGAGUGACGUUCUCUUCUGCUCAAGAUUCUAGCGGAAGGUUGACUAUCACACUUACCUCCGGUGGAUCAGUUAUUACUAUACCAUUUUGGAUUCUGAGUACGGAUUACACCAGCUAUGCCUUAGCCUACAGCUGUGUUAAUCUAAACAACGAUUUCACUGGAGUAUACAGCUGGAAACUCAGCAGAACUAAACAGCUAACCGCUGCAGCUAAUACCGCAAUCAACACUGUUAUUGCUAAUGUAGUGGUGCUUGAUAAUAGAUACUAUGAAAGAACUGACCAAUCAGAUGAAGCUUGCUUCUAUCUUCCUGAUGCAGUACCCAAUCAGCCUGUAGAAUUUGUUGGUCAAUGCGAUGAGAACAUUACUGUAGUACAAAACUUUAACCCUUCAAGAUACCAAGGAAGAUGGCGUAUGAUUGAAAGCUACCCAGAACCAUCUCAAGUUGGUUCAUGUAAUGACGCCACUUACAGUCUAAACGCAGAUGGCACCACAGUGGACGUGUACAACACGCAAGUUAGAAACCAAGAACUCGAUACCAUUAAUGGCAGAGCUAUUCUAGCUUCUAAUGAUGGAAGCGCUAAGCUAUUAGUAUAUUUCCCUAGCACACCCGAACCAGCUCCGUACUGGGUGCUGGAUACAGAUUAUGACUCCUACGCAUUGGUAUACAGCUGCAGAAACUUAGACAACAACCGACGCAGAGUUACAAGCUGGAAACUCAGUCGGACAUCCGAACUGACAGCUAACGCUGUUGAGAGGAUAAACCAAGUAGUCAACAGGAUCGAUGUCCUGAACAGUCGGUACUACGCGCGUAUAGACCAGUCUGACGCGGCUUGCUUCUACUACCCCACUCCAGGUCUUACUACACCUGUCAUAUUCCGUGGACAGUGUGACCAAAAUAUACCAGUGGUUACUAACUUCGAUGCUGCAGCAUAUGCUGGCUUGUGGCAUGAUACCUCUUCAUAUCCCACUCGGUUCCAAGAGGGCACGUGUAAUAACGCAUUCUACACACUAGUCAACGGCGCUGUGGACGUGUUUAAUACUCAAGUCGUUAAUCAGAACUUGGAAACCAUGAAGGGAGUUGCCAGACUAGCAACAACCGAUGGCACCGCGAAGCUUAUUGUUAGCUUCCCCAUUGCUGGCACCGAUCAAUUUACUGAAACACCCUAUUGGGUACUCGCUACGGACUACCAGUCGUAUUCCCUCGUGUAUUCAUGCGUCAAUAUCAACGCUGAACAACGACAAGUUUGGUCUUGGAAGCUAAGUAGAACAAAGGCAUUGACAUCGAAUGCAGCAACAGCUAUCAACAAUAUCAUUAACACCAUCCCAGUACUGGACAAUCGCUAUUAUAACAUGAAGGAUCAAAGCAGAGAAGGUUGCUUCUACUACCCAGAACCUCAGCCAGGAUUGCCAGUUGUAUUCCCGGGCCAGUGCGAUGCAAACAUACAAGCGGUUACUAACUUUAACAUGCAAGCGUUCCAAGGUACCUGGUACGAAAUCGAAGCGUAUCCAAAGGAUCAGCAAACUGGACAAUGCGUCAACCACCGGUACUCCUUGGGCUCCAACAACAUCUUGGAUCUCGUCUCGUCUAGCGUCGAUAACCAAAUUCUUGGGAUUACCAACAGUAGAGUGACGUUCUCUUCAGCUCAAGACUCUAGCGGAAGGCUGACUAUAACACUUACUUCUGGUGGAUCAGUUAUUACUAUACCAUUUUGGAUUCUGAGUACGGAUUACACCAGCUAUGCAUUAGCGUACAGCUGUGUUAAUCUAAACAAUGAUUUCACUGGAGUGUACAGCUGGAAACUAAGCAGAACUAAACAGCUAACUACUGCAGCGAAUACUGCAAUAAACAACGCCAUCGCUAAUAUCGUCGUAUUAAAUAACAGAUACUAUGAACAUAUUGACCAAUCAAACGAAGCUUGCUUCUAUCUUCCUGAUGCAGUACCCAAUCAGCCUGUGGAGUUUGUUGGUCAAUGUGACGAAACCCUUCCUACAGUGCAAAACUUUAACCCAUCAAGAUAUCUAGGAAAAUGGCGCCUGAUCGAAAGCUACCCAGAACCAUCUCAAGUGGGUUCCUGUAAUGACGCCACUUACAGUCUAAAUGCGGAUGGCACCACAGUGGACGUGUACAAUACGCAAGUUAGGAACCAACAGCUCGAUACCAUCAAUGGCAGAGCUGUAAUAGCUUCUAAUGAUGGUAGCGCUAAGCUAUUGGUAUAUUUCCCUUCCACAACCGUACCGGCUCCAUACUGGGUGCUAGACACAGAUUAUGAAUCCUACGCAUUGGUAUACAGCUGCAGAAACUUAGACAACAACCGACGCAGAGUUACAAGCUGGAAACUCAGUCGGACAUCUGAACUGACAGCUAACGCAGUGGAGAGGAUAAACCAAGUAGUCAACAGGACCGAUGUCCUGAACAGUCGGUACUACGCGCGUGUAGACCAGUCUGACGCGGCUUGCUUCUACUACCCCCCUCCAGGUCUCACUACACCUAUCUUCCGUGGACAGUGUGACCAAAAUAUACCAGUGGUUAACAAUUUCAAUGCUACAGCGUACUUGGGCUUAUGGCAUAACAUCCAAUCCUAUCCAACUCAAUUCCAAGAAGGAACAUGUAACAAUGCGUUGUACUCCCUUGGCGAUGGAGGGGUGAUUGAUGUUUUCAACACCCAAGUCGUUAAGCAGUCUCUUGAUACUAUGACUGGAUCUGCAAGAUUCGCAACUACACCAGAAACUGGCAAACUCAUUGUCAGUUUCCCGGUGGCUGGAACCAAUCAAAAAACAGAAACACCAUACUGGGUCCUCGCCACAGACUAUCAAAGCUACUCCCUCGUAUACACUUGUGUCAACAUUGAUUCAGAAUAUAGAAGAGUUUUUUCUUGGAAGCUUAGUCGAACAAAACAAUUGACAACAAACGCUGCAACAGCAAUCAAUGCGGUGAUCAAUACCAUACCAGUUCUUGAUGACAGAUACUAUAACAACAACGACCAGUCUGAUCAGGGUUGUUUCUACUACCCGGAACCUCAACCUGGAAAACCUGUAAUAUUCCCUGGACAAUGUGACCAAAAUAUACAAGCUGUACCCAACUUUAAUAUGGCUGCAUUCCAAGGUACUUGGCAUGAAAUAUCAGCAUAUCCAAAGGAACAACAAACUGGGCAAUGUAUCAAUCACGUCUAUUCCCUGGACUCUUCCAACAGCUUGAACCUCGUGUCUUCUAAUGUCAUAAAUCAAAUCUUUGGAGUUACUAAUAGCAGAGUGACCUUCUCCUCAGCCCAAGACACAAGCGGAAGAUUGACGAUCACCCUAACAUCUGGCGGAUCUAGUAUUGUAAUACCGUUCUGGAUAUUAAACACCGACUAUACUGAUUACGCGCUGGCUUACAGCUGUGUUAACGUUGAUUCUAACUCAAGAGCAGUUUACAGUUGGAAAUUAAGUAGAUCAAAGACUUUGUCUGCUGCUGGAAAUACUGCAAUCAAUAACAGAAUAGCUCAAAUCGAUGUUCUGGGUGAGCAAUACUAUGAAAACAUUGACCAAUCAGAUAGAGCGUGCUUCUUUUUGCCAGAAGUGAAUCCUGGACAACCCGUAGUGUUUGUUGGACAGUGUGAUCCAAAUAUUCCUGUUGUUCAAAACUUCCGACCGGAUGCAUACGCUGGCCGCUGGCGUAUGAUUGACACCUACACAUCGGAUUUCCAAAGCCUCCAAGGUUCCUGUAUUGACGCCACUUACACUCUGACCCCUAGUGGCACAGUAGACGUCUAUAACACCCAAGUCAUAAAUCAGGCACUAGAUACUAUUACCGGUAACGCAACGUUGGCCACAACAGACGGCAGCGCAAAAUUGCUCGUUAAUUUCCCUACCACGACUCAAUCAUCUGAUUAUUGGAUUCUCGACACUGAUUACACGUCCUUCGCUCUUGUCUACAGCUGCCGCAACAUUAACCCACAACAGCGUAGAGUCUGGAGUUGGAAACUAAGUCGCACAAGAGAGUUAUCAGCGGCCGCCACGCAACGAAUUAACCAAGUUAUCAGCACAAUCGAUGUACUGGAUGAACGCUAUUACAAUAGAAUCGAUCAUUCCGACAAUGGCUGCUUCUACUACCCCACGCCUGGUGCAAGUCCAGUGGUUUUCAGAGGACAGUGUGAUGAGAGCAUUCCUGUGGUCACCAACUUUAAUGCUGCCUCGUAUAUGGGUAUGUGGUAUGACAUUGAGAGCUACCCCGUCCGAUUCCAAGACGGCACUUGUCCGACCGCCGCGUACACGCUGAUUUCUACCGGGGUCGAAGUCUUCAACACGCAGGUCGUCAGCCAACAACUCGAUACAAUCGAAGGAUUUGCAGUACCAGCUACGACUGAUGGUUCAGCUAAAUUGAACGUCUCCUUCCCUAUCGCUGGCACCGAUCUUACAACGAGUUCACCAUACUGGGUGUUGGCUACUGACUAUACUAACUACGCUUUUGUAUACUCUUGCGCCAACAUUGAUGACGAAUAUCGUCGAGUUGGUAGCUGGAAAUUAAGUAGAACAAAAUCCCUAAGUCCGGCGUCAAAUACUGCGAUCAACAAUGUCAUCAACACGAUACCGGUUCUAAGACAAGAAUAUUACGUCACAAGGGGGCACACGGAGGAGAAUUGCUUCUACUACCCUGAUAAUAACGGCGGUCCAGUAAUUCAAGAUGGACAGUGUGAUUUCAAUAGCUUGAAUGUCGUUACUGCCUUCAGUACUGAUGCAUUCUCAGGACCUUGGUACGAAAUAUCUCGGUUUCCAUCAGAGAUGCAGGAAGGUGAAUGUGUCACCAACGAAUUCAAUACAACCAACCAGGAGUUCCGUAUGACUCAGAGAAUUGUGUAUAAUGAGAGAGAAACCACUUACACUGGAUCUGCAACCCUAGCGAGCGACGGACGAGGAGUUCUUACCGUGAAUCUUACCAACGAGGAAGGAGAUACCUUUGAAACGACGCUAUACGUAUUGGACGUUAACUACACUGAUUAUGCCUUAUUAUACGGUUGUCGAAACAUCAACAAUACAAAUAAACAAGUUUACAGUUGGAAGCUCAGCAGAUCUCAAAGCGGACUCUCAGCAAAUGCAGCCAGCAGAAUAAACCAAAUAGUCUCGAACACCGGUGACCUCUUCGAAAAUUACUACGACGAAACUGAUCAGACACUCACGGGCUGUUUCCACUACCCCGUGUUCACUGAACCACCAGCAGUUAUCGACCUGUUAGGACCAUGUGACCAAACAAUCAGAGCUAAAGCCAACUUCAAUGUUCAAGCCUAUCUCGGCAAAUGGUACGAAAUAUCCAGCUACCCUCAACCUUUCCAAAGCGGCGAGUGCGCACGCGCACGAUACAGCGCUGGCACUGGAGCAACCGUCAACGUCAUCAACACACAAGUCAUUGACCGUACACUUGACGUACAGACUGCGACAGCUGUUGUUGCUUCCACAGACGGAAGUGGACUAUUGGACGUCACAUUUGUCUUGGAUAAUGGAGUGACGUACGUAGCCAACUAUUAUGUACUUGAAACUGACUAUACCAGCUUCGCCCUCGUGUACAGCUGCCGUAACUUACCAACCGGUAGACGACAAGUCACCAGCUGGAAGUUAUCCCGUAAUACCACCCUGCCAAGUCAAGCUGAACCCAUUAUCAACAACAUCAUCGAAAACACUCAAGGCCUCAAGAAUGAGUAUUACUUAGCUACCAAUCAGUCUGAAGAGGCCUGCUUUUACAUACCGGAUGUGAACAAGAAUGAAGCACCAUUGUUCAGGGGACAAUGUGGUGACAUUCAAGGCGUACAAAACUUUGACGUUCAAAGGUAUCUUGGUUGGUGGCAUGAAGUCGAGAGUUACCCAACUGACAAUGACGGUGGAUUCUGUGUGAGUUCACGAUUUGAACAAAUCGGCAACGAAUACCAGAUAACUGAUACUAAUGUGUUCGAUAUUAACGCUCAAGUGAACACCAGCCGAGUGACAGUAGACAGCAAUGGAAGAAUAACGAAAACUUACAGUAAUGGAGAGGUAAUUGAUAUGUGGGUGUUGGCAACUGAUUACGAGACAUACUCACUCCUUUAUUCAUGCGAAAACGUGGACAGUCAAUAUAGACGCGUAUGGAGUGCGAAACACAGCAAAACUCGGACACUCUCUCAAGAUGCCCAAAAUGCUAUGAACUCUGUUAUCCAAGCUACUGAAACUCUUGAGUCGCAAUUCUACCAGCCAGUAAAUCAGUCCGAUGCUGCUUGCUUCCACUAUCCUGCUCAGAGUGGCAAUCAAGUCAUCUUACCUGGACAAUGUGAUCUUGAAAUACCCGUUCUCCAGGAUUUUAAACCAGCUGAGUAUUCCGGCACCUGGUACCAAAUCGAACGCUACCCUCAACCGUACGAGAAAGGUUCAUGUGUUGGCGCACGAUACACACUCGAUGAGAACACAGGCGUUGUCACUGUUCUCAAUUGGCAAGUCGUCGACGGAGUCCUGGAUACCAUCGAAGGAACUGCUACUGUUAACUCCACUGAUGGCAGCGCUAAGCUGAUUGUUAAUUUGCCGUCUCGUGAUGAAGAUGUGGAGGAACCACCCAUGAAGUCGAUGGAACUAUAUGUUUUGACGACGGAUUACAUAUCCUAUUCAUUGGCGUACAGUUGUAUCAACGUAGGACCGUACCAGCGAGCUGUUGGUGUAUGGAAGCUUAGUCGUACAAGAACAAUGACAGCCGACGGUGAUGCCCAAAUAAACGCACACAUGGCAACUCGAGAGGAACUUCACCAGCCGUACUUCGUUCGCGUCGAACAGCAAGACGACUGCGCCGAACCGAGCUCUGCCAAUUUAUUCAAAAGCAGUAUUAUUAUUAUGUUAAUAUGUAGCAUUAUUCAGAGGUUAUUAUAAUUAUUUUAAGGUUUUUUUAAUGUGAUUGAUUUCAUCCCAUUUGUAAUAUAUGUAAUAUAUAAAAUUAAUUAACAUUUUUUUUAUUCGAUGACAGAUUUAAAAUUCGAAUA